ACACUACUAUAUAACAAAUAAUUUGAGAUCGGUGCAAUGGAAUGGCGGUAGUAAACGAGGGAAUAUUUACGGAGAAAGAAAUUGAAGCUCCAGAAAGAUCAAUUCAUAAUACACUAAACAACAAUGGAAUAGACAACAACAUGAUCGGGUCAGAUGAUGCCACAGUUGUGUUAGCUAAAACUCCAGGAAGAAGUGAAGUUCCUUGUGAAGUUCCUUGUGAAGUUCCUUGUGAAGUUCCUUGUGAAGUUUCCAACGAGAUUAUUAAUGCAAAAGCUGCUCCCGAGGACGGGAAAGGAGAAUCUGCUGUUCUGAACGGUGAAUCAGAUACGAGUGAGUUUAUUACAGAAACAGAUAUAAAGGCACUCGUGGUAAAAGCUGAACCGAGUGUAGAAGUAGCCGAAUCAAGUUCAUCAGUUGCUGAAUCACCUGAAGCAGUUACUGAAUCACCUGAAGCAGUAGCUGAAUCAUCUGAGGCAGUUACUGAAUCACCUGAAGCAGUAGCUGAAUCACCUGAAGCAGUAGCUGAAUCACCUGAGGCAGUAGCUGAAUCACCUAAAGCAGUAGCUGAAUCACCUGAGGCAGUAGCUGAAUCACCUGAAGCAGUUACUGAAUCACCUGAAGCAGUUACUGAAUCACCUGAAGCAGUUACUGAAUCACCUGAGGCAGUAGCUGAAUCACCUGAAGCAGUAGCUGAAUCACCUGAAGCAGUUACUGAAUCACCUGAAGCAGUUGCUGAAUCACGUGAAGCAGUAGCUGAAUCACCUGAGGCAGUAGCUGAAUCACCUGAAGCAGUUACUGAAUCACCUGAAGCAGUAGCUGAAUCACCUGAAGCAGUUAUCGAAUCACCUGAAGCAGUAUCUGAAUCACCUGAGGCAGUAGCUGAAUCACCUGAAGCAGUUACUGAAUCACGUGAAGCAGUAGCUGAAUCGCGUGAAGCAGUAGCUGAAUCACCUGAAGCAGUAGCUGAAUCACCUGAAGCAGUAGCUGAAUCACCUGAGGCAGUUACUGAAUCACCUGGAGCAGUAGCUGAAUCACCUGUAGCAGUUACUGAAUCACCUGAGGCAGUUACUGAAUCACCUGGAGCAGUAGCUGAAUCACCUGUAGCAGUUACUGAAUCACUUGAGGCAGUAGCUGAAUUAUCUGAAGCAGUUACUGAAUCACCUGAAGCAGUAGCUGAAUCACUUGAGGCAGUAGCUGAAACACCUGAAGCAGUUACUGAAUCACCUGAAGCAGUUACUGAAUCACCUGAAGCAGUAGCUGAAUCACCUGAGGCAGUAGCUGAAUCACCUGAGGCAGUAGCUGAAUCAUCUGAAGCAGUAGCUGAAUUAUCUGAAGAUAGCAUUUGCCUUCCAGAUAACACUAAUCUAGCACCCGAGAUCGUUUCAGAUCAGCAAAAACCCGCUAUCAGCCAAGUCCAGAAUCUAAACGAGAAUUUACUCAUCAAAAAUGAUCUUCUCGGCUCGUUGAAUCUGAUAGAUGCUGCUCCCGCUCCCCUCCUGCCUGGUACAGACUGGGACCAGGGGAGCAGUGUGGAUCUCGGAGAGAGUGAUGGAGAAAGUGAAAGUGAAAGUGAACUUAAUGACGAAGUGAAAUGUUGUCCUCAUGCCCACCAGUUUGUUAACGAUCUAAUAACAUUUAGCAGCUCUGAAGAAGCUAGCUCAGCAGGAGAAGCACAGGACAUCAAAGAGCUGAGGAAAGAACGGAGACAGAAAAAAAGUAGGAAACGAAAACAAAGACUCAAAAAAUGUUGUUCAGGUUGUGAUGGUCAGGAGAGUGUUGAACCUCUGACAUCUGAGUUACCCUCACCUAUUGGUCUUAGUACCGGAAUGCUGCAAUGUAACGUCAUCAAAUCAUUUGAAGAGGUUGUUUCCACGCGUUAUAACUCCGAGGAGGAGAUAGAUGCAGCGAUUAACUCGUACAGUACUGUUGGGGGACGGUUAGCCAAUCAGAACGAGCAGACUUUCAGUGACGUGGAUAUAGCGGGAUAUAAGUCACGAAGUGAUUGCGGGAGUCCUGCAUCAGAUCCUGACCUCUUGGUUUGUGAUUACUCAAACUCCGUGGGCAGAAAACUGGCUAAUAGGAAUUUGAAUAAUCAAAAUGACAACCUGGACGAAUGUAUUGGUGGUUUCCUUCUGGAUACUCUGAAUCAGAAUUUGGAUCCUACAAGUAGACUCUUUGCGAUGGAGGUUGAAGAGUUGAAUACCAUGGUCAAAGGAUUACACCUCAAAUUACAAAAUGUUAGCGAGGAUUUAGUCAACGUGGUUACAGAAAAUGACGACCUAAAAGCUCAGAAAUCUGUCAUAACGAAACACGUGACUCAAUUAUCUCGGCUAGCCCAGGGUUUCAGAGCAAACGACAAUUCAGCCUUCCGGAAGAUCUUAGUCACCAGAGAAACUGACAUCUAGGGACUUAUUGAUGUCAAAAAUCAUAACUUUUUAUUGUUUUAUUUCGCUAGUAUAUUAUUCGCAGUGAGGGAGCGUUCAGAUAUUACGUCAGCAGGUUUUUGGCCAUUUUUACCCCCCCCCCCCCCAGAAUUCAGGUAUUCGGCAAGGCCCAGACCACCCUUCCCCAUCGUUGGCAACCGCCAGCAUUUCCAAACCCCCUCCCUCUCGGCUUCUGAUGUGAUAGGUGAACGCUCCCUAAAAUAUUAAAUUAUACCAAUUCAGCAGUAAAACUGUAUGUGUAAGAUAUUCUGUAUUUUUUUUCAUGUUUUUAA